AUGGCCGGGAGAGUUUACCAAGGACGCUUCCUCUCCUUAUUCGACUAUAAAACGGAAAAAUACAUUGUCGCCAAAAAUAAAAAAGUUGGAGUUUUGUACCGACUUAUUCAGUUAUCUAUCAUCGGUUACAUAAUUGGGUGGGUUUUUGUAAGCAAGAAAGGCUACCAGGAGAAAGAUGAAGCCAUCCAGAGCUCUAUUAUAACUAAACUAAAGGGAGUCUCUGUGACUAACACCACUGAGUCUGGUGUGCUGGUGUGGGGACCGGAGGACUACGUCAUCCCCCCACAGGGUGAAGCUGUUCUGUUUGUUGUAACCAAUUUCUUAGAGACGCCAAACCAGAAAAUGGAUUACUGUGCUGAGAGCCCCAAAGUGCUGCACGGUCACUGUCGAGAUGACGAGGACUGUGAAGAGGGGAAGAUGGUAGUGGCUGGUAACGGAAUUAUGAGUGGCCAAUGCUUAAGAAAAGAUGAAAACUCUACUGGUACCUGUGAAAUAUACGGCUGGUGUCCCAUUGAAAGAAAAUUCAAACCACAAGGGCCUCUGCUGACAAACGCUCAAAACUUCACCAUCUACAUCAAGAAUUUCAUCCAAUUUUCCAAAUUCAAAUUUUCAAAGUCCAACGUUCUCGACACGAUGGAUGAAUCCUAUUUGAGGAAAUGCCAAUUUGGCGAGAAGCUCCACCCGUACUGCCCCAUCUUUAGCCUGGGUGACAUCGCCAGACGGGCCGGAUGCAACUUUCAGGACAUGGCCACAUUUGGCGGCUCCAUUGGCAUUAUGAUAGAGUGGGACUGUGACCUUGACAAAGGCUACUCUAACUGCCAUCCUCAGUACCACUUUACACGUCUGGACAUCAGCAUCUCCAACAAAACCAUCGCAACAGGAUUUAACUUCAGACACACUCGUUAUUUCAAAAAUGCUGCCGGUGAAAGCUAUAGAUCUCUGUUCAAAGUUUAUGGUAUCAGAUUUAACAUCAUGGUACACGGAAAGGCUGGGAAGUUCAGCAUCGUCCCAACAGCCAUCAAUGUUGCUUCAGGACUGGCUUUAAUGGGAGCUGGAGCUUUCUUCUGCGAUAUGGUCCUUCUCUACCUAAUGAAGAAGGGCGGCUCUUAUCGAGAGAGGAAGUUUGAAGGAUCCAAGUAGGAAAAGCAACACAGUCACUUCAAAUUGCUCACACUCAGAUGCUACACCUGUGUAGGUGAAGAUGACGAGGACUGUAAGAUGGAGACAGAGUGCCCGGCAACAGCUCAGUACUGCAUGACCAUGCAAUACGGUAGUUAA